GCGGCCGAUCAGGAACUUCGAAACCGCCUGGCCGAAGCGUGUCGUCACACGAUGCUUCGGUUGGAACGACCUUGGGAUAGCAUCAGGCGUUACAACUACGCCGUGCAUGAUGUCGCUAUCGCCAAGACAGGCCAUUCCAUGGGCCUGUGGGCGGCUUUGGUGGCAGAAUCUCCAAACUCGGUUCACGGGUCGCAACUCGCCGAGAAGACCGGAGUUGAACUCGGCCUACUGAUGCGCCUCUUGCGCUAUGCGACUGCUCAGAGCAUGGUAGAGCAAACCGACGUGCAGUCCUUUCGAGCAAUCGAAGCCACUCGGACGCUUAGCAUGCCAAUGAUGAAUUCGGCGUUUACUGUUGCGACGGAGAUUCUCAUCCCCAGCGCUCUGUCCAUGGAUGCUUACUUCAAGUCGACCGACUUCAAAGAGCCUGCCGAUCGGGGCCACACGCUUUUCCAUCAGGCCUUCAACACCGAUCAGCACUGUUUCGAAUGGCUGUCGGCCAAGCCCGGCUUGGGUCAAGACUUCUUCAACCUCAUGAAGGUCAGACGCCAAGGACUCAAGGAUUGGCUCGACGGCUUUCCCGUGGAGAAGUACCUCGAUGUCAAGGACACCACUGAGCGCAUGCAGUUUGUGGACGUGGGCGGUGGAAAUGGCCAGCAGGCUCUUGCUGUCCUGAAAAGGCAUCCGGAAAUCGCAGGCAGAGUCGUUGUACAGGAGACUCCCACUCUGGGGGCCUUGGAGCAGCUCAAGAGCGAUCCCCAGGGCCUGAUUCCCAUGGCCACUGAUUUCUUCCAGCCUAACCCCCUGAAAGGCGCCAAGGCAUAUUACAUGCGCAACAUCAUGCACGACUGGCCGGACAAGGAAUGUCGGGUGAUCCUUGGUCACCUCCGAGACGUCUUGGAGGACGACUCCGUGAUCCUGGUGGAUGAUCUUGUCGUCGAUGACAUGGAGAUGCACUGGCAUCCGUCCGCCACCGACAUGACGAUGAUGACGCUUUUGGCUGCCAAAGAGCGGUCAUUGACGGAAUGGGAUGCUCUGAUCGAGUCGGCCGGGUUGGAG